AAAAUGAAUGUAUUACUUUUUACUCUAUAUUUCUUUUGUGCUAUAUCUCUAUAUAGGCCACUAGGCCUAGGUAUCAUAGUAGUUAAUAGUGGUAAUAAAGAUAGUCAGAGCUAUUUCCUCCCAUCGCUUAGAUUCCCAUUUUCCCUAGAGAUCCCCUUCUGGAGACAAAUACCACAUUCUAAUGUAGUAAUGCUAUCUACACUUUCUAAGACUUUGACACACCUAGGGAUAUGUGAUACAACUGAUGAUGAAUUUUUCCCAUCAAGCUGCAUACCAUCACCUUUAGGAGAAACACCAGUAUCAUAUCCUGGGCCAGAUCUACUAACAAAGGAAUCAUCUGAGAUAGUACUAGUAUCAUCUACAGUGUCUUUGAAUCAUGAUGCAGAAAUACUGACAAUACAGCACCCUUUAACUACUAGAGGACUGCAUAAAAGACGUAAUGUUGAAGUAACAAUUGAUAUAGUUACUCCCUUUUGAAAGGCUCCUUCUCCAAAUACCAUUCAUAGCACUUAAUAUAAUUCGCAAUAGUGUACUACUUGCAUUUGAGAUACCAUUAUUAUUAUUAGGACUAGUGUAAAUGAGCACUUAUGAUUUAUAGUAGUAUCAAUUCCUUUGGGGCAGAUAGAAGAUAAAAUUUUAGUAUUAUAUGGUAUAGAUUUUAUGGUGAAGGAGCAUUAAUAAACUGAGAUCUGAAACUAAGCUAUAUAAUUAACUUCUUCCAAUAUCACUUUAAAUGCAGGCGGAAAGUACAAUUUAUACCUAGAUAUCUACUACUUAAGGCAUAUUAUCAGAGAGCAGUAAUACUAUACUCAUGACGAAAGGACAUCAUCCUUAGCAAUAAG